AUGGCUUGGCCAGAAGGAGGCAAGCGCCUGCCGCUUUGGGAUGCGAUCUACAAUGGAGACACCGUGGCAGCUCAGAAGCUGCUCGUGACGGCAGCAGGUGCAGCGCAGGUUAAUACCCCACACGGACAGACGAGUGUACACGUUGCAGUGCAUCACGGCCACGCCAAGCUCCUGAAGCAUUUACUCUUCACUGGUGCCGAUGUCAACGCUCGGACGAUUAACGGCACGACACCGCUGCACGUCGCCGUCGAGAUCAACCGCCGGGAUAUCGUGCAAGACCUGCUGCUCGCAGGCGCCAACCCGCUACUCCGCAAUUUCACAGGCCAAACCCCUCUCCAGCUCGCCACGAGCCGCGGGUUGAAGCCCAUCGCCAUGCUACUCCGCCAAGGCGUCGACAGCCAGCAGACCUUGGCCAGCCUUGAAGCUGCAGCUCACCAAAAUGCGAAACGCAGCAAACCUUCCCAGCGCGGCUAG